AUGAAGAGAGGCAAUGUUUCGAGAGGUGGUAGCUCGUUGCCCAUGCUGCUUGUUGUCAAGCAGGAUUCACUAUCACCCUGUAAGAACGCAACUGUACCUGCUGCAAAUUUCAGUACGCGAGACCGUGAAGACUUGGGAUGGACAUUCACCACUGGGCGGAGUAUUAUCCACCUAUUAAACCUGCAUCGCAUCGAGAUCUCGGCAUCAGUUGAAUGCGUUGGUCUGCUGCUGACAGCCGAGUGCAAUGGCAGCGGCGGGCGGUGCACGGAAGAUGAUGCCUCACUUACUCGAGGCGGAUUUCUAGAGCGGUUUCUCCUUGGGGAUUCGAGAGCCAGAGGCAGCAAGACUGAGGCUGCAUUGCCCCUAGAUAAAUACCAAAGUUGGGGGAGGUGGAUGGUACGGUGUGGGAUGUGGGAUGUGGUGGAAAGCGGUUCGUGCCAAGGAUAA